UGCUCGUAAAAUUAUUUAUGAGUAAGUACUAUACUAUUGCAUCGUAAAUGGUUUUACUUUGAUAUAUUAUUUAGGUUCUAUCUAUUUAAUCAUUUUAUAUGUAAAUGACUAGGGGGCUUGUGAAGUUUAGCAUGGUCCAUCGAAAAGAUCUCAAAAAAAUUAAAAAGAAUCCUAAAGUUGGUUGGAACAAACUAAAAUGUCCUCGUCAACCUCAAGACGCCAAAUACUGUGAAUAUUAUGUAUGCCGUUAUAUGCUUGAGACUAUUGAAAGUAGGCAACAAUUGAUUUUGGAGGAGUUUUCCCCUGGGGCUCCUUCAACUUAUUCUCAGGAGAGCAUUGAUCAAGUUCGAGAUUUAUGGAUUUCUUACGUUGUCAAACAUAGGCAACAGAAAUUGGAGAAGGAAGCAGAAGAUUUGGAUGAUGUGUUAUAAGAUCAUAUCGAUGGAAAUUAUUAAAGAUUAGAAUUCAUGAAGAAUUUUGAUGACAUUUGACUUUUGGAAUAAGAUAAUUGUAUAGUUGAAUUCUAGUCUAAUUAUAUGAUGAAAUGGUUUAUAAUUUUUGCUGUUGGUAUAGCAUGUAUGAACGCGUAUAUUUAAUGGUAUAUAUGGAUUAGUACAAAUUAUAUCGUAUUGGUAUUUUUAUUUAUUAAUAUAGGUCUUUUGUCAUAUAAAUGGUGGUUUAAAAAUAAAAGGAAAUUGCAAUUGUACGGCUUUU